AAAAUAACCCAACCCAACUCGGAUACGUUCGUUUAUUUAGUUUUUUUUUUGUAAAAUAUGGCUGACGGGGUCCAAAUUUUAAGACGAAACUGCCCUGGAUCCAAAGCAAAGGAUUUCUGUAGAUGGCCAGAUGAACCUUUCGAGUUAAUGGAUGGUACCUUGGCCGUACCUCAGUAUAUACAACAAACUAUUCGUCGAGAUCCUUCUGAUCUUGAAGCAAUUCUUAAAAAACCAGAAGCUCAAGAAGAAGGAGUGUGGAAAUAUGAGCAUUUGAGACAAUUCUGUAUGGAGCUUAAUGGGUUGGCUGUGAGGCUGCAAACCGAGUGCAAACCUGAAACUUGUACUCAGAUGACAGCUACAGAGCAGUGGAUAUUUUUGUGUGCUGCCCACAAAACACCCAAAGAAUGUCCAGCAAUUGACUACACCAGGCAUACACUAGAUGGUGCUGCUUGUUUGCUCAACAGUAAUAAAUACUUUCCAAGCAGGGUUAAUAUAAAGGAAUCUUCUGUAACUAAAUUGGGCUCUGUAUGUAGGAGAGUAUACCGAAUAUUCUCCCAUGCAUACUUCCAUCACCGAUCAAUAUUUGAUGCAUUUGAAAAAGAAACUCAUUUAUGCAAGAGGUUUACAUAUUUUGUGACAAAAUAUUCUAUAAUUCCUAAAGAAAUUUUAAUAUUACCUAAACUUGAUGAUGAGAUUCUUACGUCACAACCUGUAGGGGAAUCUGAAGCUUGAAUUCAAAUUAUAAUGUUAGUUAUUAUUAUUCUGUAUUAAUGUGUGUGACAUGUAAGCAAUUUACAUAUUUAAUUAGUUCUAAUCUGUAAUAAAGCUUUUAUU